UGGACACCAGAACAGAUGACGGCACAAACAAUGGAGGAGCAGCUACAGUAGUUUGCGUCCUACAAGUUGUACAAACAAUAGUUAUAAAUCGGAUCAGUUUCACCGUUUAUUUCCUGGUUGUAGCUGUGAUGCUGUGUCAGAAUGGGAAAUCUAUUCGGAAAAAAGAAACACAGCCGAGUGACAGAACAAGACAAAGCGGUGUUGCAACUGAAGCAGCAGAGAGACAAGCUGAGGCAGUACCAGAAGAGGAUCAACCUGCAGCUGGAGAAGGAGCGACUGUUAGCGAAGCAGCUGCUGAGGAAUGGGAAAAAAGAUAAAGCGCUCCUCCUGCUGAAGAAGAAGCGAUACCAGGAUCAACUCCUCGACAAGACGGAGAACCAGAUUGGAAACCUGGAGCGCAUGGUUCAGGAUUUGGAGUUCGCUCAGAUCGAAACGAAAGUCAUUCAAGGGCUGAAGGCUGGAAACGAAUGUCUGAAGAAAAUGCACGAGGUGAUGUCUGUUGAAGAAGUGGAACGGAUUAUGGACGAAACCCAAGACGCCAUCGAGUAUCAAAGACAAAUAGACGACAUGCUGGCCGGUUCCUUCACUCAAGAGGAUGAAGACGCUGUUCUCGCUGAGCUGGAGGCCAUAACUCAGGGAGACGUUGAGCUUCCAGAGGUUCCUGAAGACCAGCUGCCAGAGCGAAUCCCGGAGGACUUUCCUAUAAAAGCAGGGAUCCCACGACCAGCCGAGCUCGUCUCUCCGUCUAUCCCGGAACAGCCGCGUCGUUUCGGGGAAACCUCAGCCUAAAAGGAACAUCUUUCA